CAAGCUUCCGAAUGAGUAGCGAUCAUUUUGAAAAACGGCGAAGUCAUUUCGUGAGCAGUGCAAGGAAGGUAUACUUUCAAAAAAUUUGACAGAAUGACAGCAAGGUACGAUAGAGCUAUUACGGUAUUUUCACCAGAUGGACAUUUGCUACAAGUAGAAUAUGCACAAGAAGCUGUCAGAAAAGGUUCUUCUGCGGUUGGCGUUCGUGGGAAUGAUGUAGUCGUUUUAGGCGUUGAAAAAAAAUCUAUUGCAAAACUUCAAGAGGAACGAACAGUUCGUAAGAUAUGUCUUUUAGAUGAACAUGUUGUAAUGGCAUUUGCAGGUUUAACAGCAGAUGCAAGAGUAUUAAUUAAUCGUGCGCAAGUAGAGUGUCAGAGUCAUAGAUUAACUGUGGAAGAUCCGGUUACAUUGGAAUAUAUAACUAGAUACAUUGCAGGUUUAAAACAAAAAUAUACACAAAGUAAUGGUAGAAGACCUUUUGGAAUAUCGUGUCUUUUAGCUGGGUUCGAUUAUGAUGGUGUUCCACAUUUAUAUCAAACAGAACCUUCAGGCAUUUAUUAUGAGUGGAAGGCAAAUGCAACAGGUCGAAAUGCUAAAACAGUUCAUGAAUUUUUACAAAAAUAUUAUACACCAGAAGAAGUAGCAACUGAAAAGGGAACAAUAAAAUUAGCUAUCAGAGCUUUAUUAGAAGUAGUACAAUCAGGAAGAAAAAAUUUAGAAAUCGCAGUAAUGAGACGUGGUCAACCUUUACAGAUGUUAGACUUAGAUACUAUUGGAGAAUAUGUCACUGAAAUUGAAAGGGAAAAAGAAGCAGAAGCUGAAAAGAAGAAACAAAAAAAGUGAUCUUUACAUGGAAUUAAACUUAUUAUUCAAUUAUUGGUAUUUUGCAUAAAAUAAAUAUAAAACACAUGAAUACAAAA